UCCAUUCCUCCAACGUCGUGCCCCUCCAAUCUCUCCUCGUCGCCAGUGCGGAUUCCAUUCCACUCAGUCUCUCUGGUGUUUAUUCUUGCGCCCCCGGGAGUACGGGAGGAGAGAAGUGCGUUCCAACUCUCAAGUCUCAAGUCUCAACAUCUAUUUCUAGUUCUCUACUACUAACGCCAGCUAGAGCCGGACAAGUUCUUGGUCUGCUGCUUCGUUUCCUGGCUUUCUCGCGUGGUCGCGUAUCCUGGGCUGACCAUCACUGAGAGUUGACGAAAACAUGUUCUGGAGAAAGAACACCCCGCAUUUUAAUUUGGAUGAUGCUGAGCAGAGACAAGCAAAGAUCAAUGAACUGAGAGCCGCACUUGGUCCUUUGUCUGCCCGUGGAGAGAAGUACUGCAAUGAAUCAUGCUUGAUAAGAUACCUAGAAGCUCGCAACUGGAAUGUUGACAGGUCUAGAAAGAUGCUGGAAGAAAGUCUCAAAUGGAGGUUAGCUAAGAGGCCUGAGGAUGUUCGCUGGCCUGACGUUUCUGUUGAAGCAGAAACAGGUAAGUUGUACAGGGCAAAUUUCACUGAUAGAGAGGGUAAAACCGUGGUUGUAAUGAGACCUGCAAAGAAGAAUACUUCGUCUCACGAAGGACAGUUGCAGUAUCUUAUAUAUACCUUGGAGAAUGCAAUGCUCAGCCUGCCUGAACAUCAAGAAAAAGUUGUGUGGCUGGUAGACUUCACAGGAUGGACACGUGCCCAUGCAAACCCCAUAAAGACUUCCAGCGAAUGUAUAAGCGUAGUACAAAACCAUUACCCAGAGAGGCUUUCAAUUGCAUUUAUGCUCAAUGCACCCAAAGUAUUUGAGCUUUCUUUUAAGGUUCUCAAAGUAUUCAUUGACCAGAAAUCAGUCCAGAAACUCAAUUUUGUGUACAAGGAGAACGAGGAGAGCAUGAAGAUGAUAUACAAUCACAUUGAUCCAGAAGUCCUUCCCGUAGAGUUCGGUGGGAAGAACAAUGUGGUGUACAACCAUGAGGAUUACUCUAAGUUGAUGACAAAAGAUGACAUUAAAACAGCAAGCUUCUGGGCAACAGAUGUCGAUAUGUCAUGAACGGGCACUCUGUCGCAGUCGUCUAUGGUUGCUGCUAAAGUAAGUUAGAGGAGCAUCGAUCAGCCAUGUCACCAGUUAUUGCUGAAGUGCAGUGACCCAGCAGUGUUGCAAGCCGUUGAUACAAAAAGUAUGGAACACAUUUUCACAAAUAUUAA